AUGUUCCCUGGCUUGGCCCUGCAGAUCAGCGAGUGGUUGCUAGAGGGCGCGGCCGCUCGAAUCGUUGGCCGAACUGCCUUCAAUCCACGCUCCAGCCGCAGCCACGCUGUGGCUACGAUCCAUGUCUGCUGGCAACCAGAUCCUGCCACAUCUGCGAAAGGGCGGGAAACUCGACUGCACAUUGUGGACCUAGCCGGGAGCGAGCGGUCCGGACAGUAUGCAAUCGACGGCGAGCAGCUUCGAGAAGGAGCCCACAUCAAUCUCAGCCUCUCCACUCUAGGCCGCGUGGUGGGUGCUCUUGCACGUGGCCAAGGAGAGCAUGUCCCUUACAGAGACUCAUCGCUGACGUGGCUUCUGAGCGAUGCCAUCACUGGCUGCCAUGCCAGGGCUUUCAUGAUUGCAACCGUGCAGCCCGAGCAUGCCGCCGAGACCCUAAGCACACUGCGCUAUGCACAAGCGUACUCGAGCCUGCAAUCGGACUUGAGCACCAAGAUCCCCCGCUUGCGCGCGCAAGUACGAUCACUCCUCUGCCAAGCAGACAUGGCCCAGCGAGAGGUGGACAUGCUGUGUAGUCUGAUCAACGACAAUGCCAGGAUUGGGAAGAUGAACCAGUGGAGUCGCGAAACGCUGAAGAGUCGAGUCGUCCAAAUUCGGCGGCAUGGAGAGGAGCUCUUCAGACUGCAUCCGUACCUGAAGUGGACGGACGUGCACGACACGAAGGCAAAGUUGGCUCAGAUCGGGCUGGUCGAAGAGGUCUGUGCCGUUCCGCCUGUCAGAGAAGCUGGCAGUGCAAACGACGGUCGCCGGAUUCACUUCCGAGAGAGCUCGGCCAAUGUCUGCGCCUGCGUGAGGGUCGUCUUCACAGGAAAGCACGGCCACCAGUCGACACGCUUGUGGUUUCCAGAGGACGUUCUGGAGGAUGUUUCUCCACCAGCACAGCUUCAGGAACUGCUACGAGAAUCUGAAAAAGCCGAUGCUGCUUUGCAGCAAAAAGUUGCCCAGCUGAAAACUGCGCAGAAGGCUUUUGCCUCCCAAAUGCAGCAGUGGACGAGCUAA